ACAUGUGACAGGCGUGUAGGUUUUAAGUCCCAGGUUAUUCUGCAGACUGAUAGCAGCCCAGAUCCUGCAACGGUCGGACUGAACAUUCUUCAUGCUUAUUCCACUUGGCUCUAUCUCAGGGUGAUGCAAAUAUAUUUAAAAGACAAUGGUUUGGUUCCUGGAAGGGGUGUGUUUUUUACCCACGUUUCUGGUCAUUUGGUCAUCAUGCACUUUUAUAAUCAAUUAUCUAAUUGCACUAUUCCGCCGAGAUGUCGAUGUGAUAUUCCCCUAUAUAAGUGAUACAGGGGCCGUGCCUCCGGAAAGCUGCUUGUUCAGCCUGAUGGGAACAAUCACAGCCUUUGCAGGGUUUGCCACUAUGUUUGCCAGAUAUAAGUUUGUGCAGAGGCUGACUGAGAAAAGAGGUGGAGUACCUCCUGCUCUGAACGUGGCUACUCUGGUCGCUGCCAUAGUCUCCUGUGUGGGCAUGUGCACCGUGGCCACCUUUCAGGAAACAGAAGUUAGGAUCGUACAUGACUUGGGUGCGUUUUUCUUCUUCACUUCCGGAGUGGUUUACAUCAUCCUUCAGGCUGUAAUCUCGUACUUGACUUACCCUUAUGGAUCUUCAAAGUGCAUGUGUUGCAUUCGCAUCAUCUUCGCCGUUGUAGCCUGCUUGGGAGUAUUUCCAACUAUAAUUUGCACUUUACUUGUGAAAAAGCCCAAAUUGCACUGGAACAAGGAAGACAAGGAAUACACGCUCCAUUUUGCGAGUGCUGUGAGUGAAUGGACAGUGGCCUUCACGUUUGUCUUCUUUUUCUUCACAUACAUCCAGGAGUUCCAGCUCUUCAAUUUGAGGGUGGACACUGAAUUAAUAGAGUUUACUUGAUUUCACCAUUACACUAUGACUGACCCAAUUUAUGUGUACUUUUGUACUAAGAUGGUGUUGCCAGAGCGGUUAUAUUUUUCUCUAGACUUUAUAACCAUUUUACAUAUUAUAAAGCCAAAACUGUAAUCAUCUCUCAUUUGUAAAUAUAUUUGUAUAAUUUGUAUGCAUUAUUAAAAUCACAUAGGCAAAUCACAUUCUCAGCACGAUGCUUACUCACCUAAUGAGUAUUACACUUUUACAAUUUGACUGCAGAGCAAAGGUUUCAAUUGAUCCAGCAAUAAACUAAUGUUAUGGCCUGA